AUGCGUGUGAGUGAAAAGGAAAUUAAGCAAGAGCCGUCGCGGAUUCCAAAUUCAAAAGGAAAACAGCCAUAUUACACAAGGUCAGUGGCUGCAGCAGACAAAAAGAUUAAAAUGAGUACGCCGUUGGAAAGCGAUUGCGAAAUAAGUGGAAAUGAAAAUACGAAAGAAAUGAAAAUUGUGCAAGAACUUGUCGCAACAAGCGGAGAGCAAUGUGGGAAUGCAAGAAGCAACAUGCAGAAUCUUGUCGCAACAAGCGGAGAGCAAGGUGGGAAUGCAAGAAACAACAUGCAGAAUCAUGUCGGGACAAGUGGAGAGCAACGUGGCGCAGCUGGUUUAAUCGAAAGCAGCUCGAUCGACGAAAAUACAAGAACGCUGAAAGAUUUAGUGCAGCUUCUUGCUAUUAAGAUUGGAGCGGAGGAGCGAAACAACGGUUGCUCGAUUACGGCAGAAAGCUUUGCGAAGAUCAUUCCAGAGUUUGACGGAGAGUCCAUGCCGGUUAAAAAUUGGUUUGAAAAUUUUGAGAUGAAUGCGGCAGCCUACGAUCUGAACAUUAAGCAGAUGUAUGUUCAGGCUCGCGCCAAAAUGACGAACACAGCGAAGUUGUUUUUGGACUCUACGUAUGUACACCAAUACUCAGAGAUGCGUAUGCUGAUGGAGACAGAGUUCAGUCGACAAUAUGUGUGCAGCGCGGAUGUACACGAGCAGCUCCGCGACCGCAAGAAACGCAAGCAGGAAUCUUUUCACGAAUACCUACUACAGAUGAAAAAGAUCGCUUCACUUGGCAACAUUGAUGCACGUUCAGUUAUCCGCUAUGUUGUUGACGGCUUGAACAUGAGAAGUGAUUUCAGAUACUCUCUCUACAGUUGCAAGUCUUACAAAGAACUACAGGAGCAGUAUGAGGUGUUCGACCGUGUGGUCGAGAAGCCAUUUAAUCCUAAUGAGGGAAAGUGGACGUCGAGCCAGAAAAAGCAGCACGAGGGACAGCACGACAGGAAGAGUCACUGCUUUAACUGCGGAUCAUUAGAUCAUCAUCGUAAGGACUGCAAGUCUGCUGUAAAAUGCUUCAGUUGCAACAAAGAGGGUCACAUGUCAAGAGAUUGUCCUGGGUCAGCUGCUGGUGUCCAAGUUGUACGCAGCUCAAGUCGCAUGAAAAAUGUCACUAUCAACAAUGUGGCAGUGGAGUGUCUGGUAGAUACGGGAGCCGAUGUAUCUAUACUGCGCAAGUAUAUCUUUAACAAGAUACCAAAUGUUACCCUGGAGAGGUGUGCGUCGAAGCUUCGAGGGCUGGGAAGGAAGAUUACGUGCACAGUUGGCUACUUUUUGGCGGAGGUUGCGGUGGGCAAGGAGAUGACUAGACACAAGUUCGUCGUAGUGGAGGAUGAAGACAUCGAGUAUGAUGCGCUGCUCGGUUUUGAUUUUGUAUCGAAGUUUGACUUUUCGCUGUCGGCCGACGGAUACAAGUUUUCUUCCCCGCUGGGGGAGAAAGCUUGUGAGGAACCAAAUCAGAUGAGUAUUUACAACAUAAUAAAUUCAGAUGAUGAAAUAGAUGUUCCUCCGCAGUUCGCUAAAGAGGUGUCGCUGCUGAUCAAUAACUAUCAAUAACUGAAAUCAUCCCAUUUCGUCAAUCCCCAAGUAGAUUUGCGAUUGCCGAAGAGAAUGACGUAGAAAAGCAGAUCAUCGAAUGGUUAGAUGCUGGAAUCAUUCGCCCAUCUACAUCUAACUUUGCUAGCCGUCUUGUACUGGUUAACAAAAAAGAUGGCACACGGCGUAUUUGCGUCGAUUUUCGAAAGCUGAACUCGAUGGUUUUGAGAGACUGUUUUCCCGUUCCUAUAAUCGACGACGUUCUGCAAAAGCUGCAAAAAGCACGCCUUUUUACUGUAAUGGACUUGGAGAAUGGUUUCUUCCACGUGGCCAUUGAGGAGGAUAGCAAAAAAUUCACAGCCUUCAUCACCAAAUCCGGAUUGUACGAAUUCAAUAGAACCCCGUUUGGAUUUCGGAACUCGCCAGCUGUUUUUAUUCGUUACGUUAAUCACGUGUUCCAAGAGCUGAUGAGCAGAGAUGUACUCGACUUGUACAUGGAUGAUACUGCAGAGCAAUGUUUGGAAAAGAUUAAACUCGUGUUUAACAGAGCUGGAGCGUUUGGCCUGAAGAUAAAGUGGCGAAAAUGUCACUUCUUGCAAAAGAAGAUUUAUUUUUUGGGCCACAACAUUGAGGACGAAAACGUAUGGCCUGGACAGGAAAAGACAGCUGCGGUCAGCAAAUUUCCGGUGCCAAAAAACGUCAGAGCAGUCCAAGCUUUUUUAGGGCUGACUGGAUUUUUCAGAAAAUUUGUAUUGAAUUAUUCGCAGAUUGCACGCCCAUUAACUGACCUGCUGCGAAAAGAUGUUUGCUUUCAAAUGGCCCAUCCGCAGAUGAAUGCAUUCCAUAGUUUGAAGGAUGCGUUGACAAAGGAACCCGUUUUAAAGUUGUAUAUCAGAGCGGCCAAAACUGAAUUACACACGGAUGCAUCAAAAGAUGGAUUUGCAGCGGUUUUAAUGCAGUGGUUCGAUGGCAGACUCCAUCCAAUACAAUACUGGAGUAAGAAGACGUCAGAAGCUGAGUCCCGCCAGCACAGUUAUAUCCUAGAAGCAAAGGCCGUUUACAUAGCGGUGAAGAAAUUUAGACAUUAUCUGCUGGGAUCGCCGUUUAAGCUGGUUACGGAUUGCUCUGCUUUUAAACAAACCCUACAGAAAGCGGAUGUUCCGAGGGCAGUCACGCAGUGGAUUGUUUACCUGCAGGAUUUCGAGUUUGCAGUGGAACAUCGCCCUGGGGAACGGUUGAAGCAUGUGGACUGCCUUAGUCGCAAUCCCGAUCGUGUGAUGCUCGUGUCCUCUGAGAUCACAGCUCGAAUCAAAGUCGCACAAGGAAAAGAUGAGAUGCUACAAUUGUAUAAUUGUAGUGAACAACUGUGUGAGAUGCAUCAUUUUCAACAAGAAACUUGGCAAGAAGGAAGGAUUCCUAAGCUGUAUUGAUAAAGGUGAUCAACCCCUUCACACGCUGCACGUUGAUCAUUUGGGCCCAUGGAUGCUACGGGAAAACAGUACAAGUACAUAUUUGCGAUGGUGGAUUCAUUUACAAAGUUUAUAUGGCUGUUCCCAACGAAAACUACAAGCUGUGAGGAGACACUGAAGAAGUUAAAGAUUUGGUCAGAAGUUUUUGGCAACCCCGUGAGGAUGGUUUCGGACAGAGGCUCCGCUUUCACAGCCAACUUGUUUGCAGAACAUAUGAAGGAAAACGGAAUCGAGCACGUUUGGAGUACAACAGGGGUUCCACGUGGAAAUGGACAAGUUGAAAGGGUGCAUCGUACAAUUUUGUCGAUUAUUUCAAAGAUGUCGGCGGAUGAACCAGCCAAGUGGUUUAAGGCAGUGCCAGACGUGCAGAGAGCGGUCAAUUCACACGUACAUGCAUCAACCAAGAAGUCACCAUUUGACCUGCUAUUCGGAGUGCAGAUGAACAAUAAGCCAAUGGAUCGUAUUCUACAGCUUUUGGAGGAGGAGAUGUAUUUGAAUUUUGACGAGCAACGACAGCAACUGAGAAAGGAUGCAAAGAUCGAGAUUCAACGCGCACAGGAAUCUUAUAAAAGGAAUUUUGACCUUAAGCGGAAACCAGAAGUCGCAUAUAAAGUAGGAGACCUAGUCGCUAUACGCCGGACACAAUUUGUUGCGGGAAAGAAGUUGGCUGGAGAAUAUAUGGGACCGUACGAAGUUUCAACUGUCAAGAGGAACGGCAGAUACGAAGUUCGAAAGGCAGCAGAUUUUGAAGGCCCAUGUAAGACUUCCACAAGUUGUGAUUACAUGAAGUUGUGGAGGUAUGUCCAGGACAAUGAGGAUGAUUGGUCAUCUGGGACAGAUGAAUAGUCAGGAAUGGCCGAAUGUAAGACGGGGUAUUGGGACUUCUCAACAAAAGCAGUACUCGAGUAGAUUUAAGAAGAGAUGCAGAAAAAGUAUUAAGACAGCAGAGCAGCAGCAGAGCGACAGAAGAGAGCAGUAGAAACAGCAGAGCGACAGAAGAGAGAAGCGACAGCAGAGAGCAGCAGCAGAGCGAGAGAAGGGGAUUCGGAGAGUAGAAGUCAGCAGAUACGGACGUCAGAGAACGAGUGAAGAAAGCAGAAAAAACAAAAGCAGAAAACUUAAACUAAACUUGUAACAUUCAUCGUUAAUAAUAAUACUGAUAUUUAAAUACCUAUAAUAAUAAAAACCAAAGUUGAGUAAAUCUCAUCUUACAUACAUAUGUAACUUACAAAUUAAUAAUGCAUGUUCCAGAAACAUAGACGCAGCGCAAGUUAGUUUCCAAAUGCUGCCACGCCCAGUCGAACGUCUAAAAUCCGCCCACACUUUUUGUUAUUUUUUUUAAUUUUUAUUAUUUAUUUCAUAUUUGGAAUGCCGGCGGGACCCAACCUCCAUCAUUCGGGUGGGACGGUCACAGUUCACCAAAGGGGUAUUGACCCCCAAAAUAUGGGAAAUCUAGAAACAUGACACCUAGGUGGGAACACUUUGUAUAGAAGACCGUUGUCCAGAGUAGCUAAGAAAAAGGCUCUAAGCCAGUAUAAAAAGACCUCAACCCGCCCAUAAAGAAUUUAGUUCUCGGGGUUCAGUACUCGAGAUACAUUUCUCGAGAGUCAAUAUUCAAGAGUCGAUUCUCAAGAUUCCCUUCUCGGGAAUCCCAUCCUCGGGAUUCUAUUCUCGGGAAGUCUAUCCACGAGCGGUAUCUACUCAAGUGAAGACUGUCUUAAACGCCAAGAACUUCAGGAUGCUAGGACUUAAACUGGAAGGAUCAAGGGCCAGCAUAAGGAACUAUUGCGCAACACCAAUAGUGCAUAGCGCGGGAAACGGAGUCCACUCAGCAGAUAUGAGCAGAGUAGUGAAGAAAACAAUACGUCAAUUAAAACUCACUUGCCUAGCCUCAAAAGUGAUCCGGUGCUUUUUUUAUGUGGUUAUCAGCAAAGACAAAGUAACAGCGCACCAGCCAGGAUCCAACGCGUCGAGUUCUCAUCGCUCAGGAUUAAAGUGGGGUAUGUUUAACAGAACACUGUUCCCGUGUUUUAUUUAUAUUAUUAUAUAUGCGUAUAUUCUCGUGCCAAUUUUAUUUUUAUACGGUCAGGUAUAAAAAAAUAUUUUAUUGUAAACCUCUUCCAGGCAAUGUACUUUAUUAUUAGAAAUUAACUUUUCAGCGGCGAGUAUUCGCCUUGUUUUUUAUAUGCAAAGACAAGUGACGUGCGCACCGUUUUCCGGUGAAGAAUUUGAUACUCCCCGCUAAAAACAAUUAUAGUCAACUUAUCAAAUUCUUUGUAUGCUAGCCUUUAGUUUUUGUAUUACAUAUGAUACUAGCCAACCACAUGUUAAUAGUUUAAGCUACAACAAAAUAAGUAGGUAAACAUUUCCAAAAGGGGUGCUUACGGGAGAAGUGUAGUAGGUCAAAAACGAUGACAUAACGUUUGACGUUUAAUCUUGACAAACGCGGAUCGUAUAGUGAACAACUGUGUGAGAUGCAUCAUUUUCAACAAGAAACUUGGCAAGAAGGAAGGAUUCCUAAGCUGUAUUGAUAAAGGUGAUCAACCCCUUCACACGCUGCACGUUGAUCAUUUGGGCCCAUGGAUGCUACGGGAAAACAGUACAAGUACAUAUUUGCGAUGGUGGAUUCAUUUACAAAGUUUAUAUGGCUGUUCCCAACGAAAACUACAAGCUGUGAGGAGACACUGAAGAAGUUAAAGAUUUGGUCAGAAGUUUUUGGCAACCCCGUGAGGAUGGUUUCGGACAGAGGCUCCGCUUUCACAGCCAACUUGUUUGCAGAACAUAUGAAGGAAAACGGAAUCGAGCACGUUUGGAGUACAACAGGGGUUCCACGUGGAAAUGGACAAGUUGAAAGGGUGCAUCGUACAAUUUUGUCGAUUAUUUCAAAGAUGUCGGCGGAUGAACCAGCCAAGUGGUUUAAGGCAGUGCCAGACGUGCAGAGAGCGGUCAAUUCACACGUACAUGCAUCAACCAAGAAGUCACCAUUUGACCUGCUAUUCGGAGUGCAGAUGAACAAUAAGCCAAUGGAUCGUAUUCUACAGCUUUUGGAGGAGGAGAUGUAUUUGAAUUUUGACGAGCAACGACAGCAACUGAGAAAGGAUGCAAAGAUCGAGAUUCAACGCGCACAGGAAUCUUAUAAAAGGAAUUUUGACCUUAAGCGGAAACCAGAAGUCGCAUAUAAAGUAGGAGACCUAGUCGCUAUACGCCGGACACAAUUUGUUGCGGGAAAGAAGUUGGCUGGAGAAUAUAUGGGACCGUACGAAGUUUCAACUGUCAAGAGGAACGGCAGAUACGAAGUUCGAAAGGCAGCAGAUUUUGAAGGCCCAUGUAAGACUUCCACAAGUUGUGAUUACAUGAAGUUGUGGAGGUAUGUCCAGGACAAUGAGGAUGAUUGGUCAUCUGGGACAGAUGAAUAGUCAGGAAUGGCCGAAUGUAAGACGGGGUAUUGGGACUUCUCAACAAAAGCAGUACUCGAGUAGAUUUAAGAAGAGAUGCAGAAAAAGUAUUAAGACAGCAGAGCAGCAGCAGAGCGACAGAAGAGAGCAGUAGAAACAGCAGAGCGACAGAAGAGAGAAGCGACAGCAGAGAGCAGCAGCAGAGCGAGAGAAGGGGAUUCGGAGAGUAGAAGUCAGCAGAUACGGACGUCAGAGAACGAGUGAAGAAAGCAGAAAAAACAAAAGCAGAAAACUUAAACUAAACUUGUAACAUUCAUCGUUAAUAAUAAUACUGAUAUUUAAAUACCUAUAAUAAUAAAAACCAAAGUUGAGUAAAUCUCAUCUUACAUACAUAUGUAACUUACAAAUUAAUAAUGCAUGUUCCAGAAACAUAGACGCAGCGCAAGUUAGUUUCCAAAUGCUGCCACGCCCAGUCGAACGUCUAAAAUCCGCCCACACUUUUUGUUAUUUUUUUUAAUUUUUAUUAUUUAUUUCAUAUUUGGAAUGCCGGCGGGACCCAACCUCCAUCAUUCGGGUGGGACGGUCACAGUUCACCAAAGGGGUAUUGACCCCCAAAAUAUGGGAAAUCUAGAAACAUGACACCUAGGUGGGAACACUUUGUAUAGAAGACCGUUGUCCAGAGUAGCUAAGAAAAAGGCUCUAAGCCAGUAUAAAAAGACCUCAACCCGCCCAUAAAGAAUUUAGUUCUCGGGGUUCAGUACUCGAGAUACAUUUCUCGAGAGUCAAUAUUCAAGAGUCGAUUCUCAAGAUUCCCUUCUCGGGAAUCCCAUCCUCGGGAUUCUAUUCUCGGGAAGUCUAUCCACGAGCGGUAUCUACUCAAGUGAAGACUGUCUUAAACGCCAAGAACUUCAGGAUGCUAGGACUUAAACUGGAAGGAUCAAGGGCCAGCAUAAGGAACUAUUGCGCAACACCAAUAGUGCAUAGCGCGGGAAACGGAGUCCACUCAGCAGAUAUGAGCAGAGUAGUGAAGAAAACAAUACGUCAAUUAAAACUCACUUGCCUAGCCUCAAAAGUGAUCCGGUGCUUUUUUUAUGUGGUUAUCAGCAAAGACAAAGUAACAGCGCACCAGCCAGGAUCCAACGCGUCGAGUUCUCAUCGCUCAGGAUUAAAGUGGGGUAUGUUUAACAGAACACUGUUCCCGUGUUUUAUUUAUAUUAUUAUAUAUGCGUAUAUUCUCGUGCCAAUUUUAUUUUUAUACGGUCAGGUAUAAAAAAAUAUUUUAUUGUAAACCUCUUCCAGGCAAUGUACUUUAUUAUUAGAAAUUAACUUUUCAGCGGCGAGUAUUCGCCUUGUUUUUUAUAUGCAAAGACAAGUGACGUGCGCACCGUUUUCCGGUGAAGAAUUUGAUACUCCCCGCUAAAAACAAUUAUAGUCAACUUAUCAAAUUCUUUGUAUGCUAGCCUUUAGUUUUUGUAUUACAUAUGAUACUAGCCAACCACAUGUUAAUAGUUUAAGCUACAACAAAAUAAGUAGGUAAACAUUUCCAAAAGGGGUGCUUACGGGAGAAGUGUAGUAGGUCAAAAACGAUGACAUAACGUUUGACGUUUAAUCUUGACAAACGCGGAUCGUAUUGUGCAGCCCGCGACGAUCCACCAGGCAUGCGGACGCAUGAAGGGGAGGGAAUGUGGCCGAAACAAUGCCCGAUCGUUUUACAAUCAAGCUACAGCUUAGCUAGUGUGGCAGUGAGGACUGCUGACUGACGAAUGGUACGAACUUUUACAGGCACUUCUAAUAUAUAUUCUCGUUAUGUUGGAGAGGUGAGGGGCUUACCAAGAUCCCACGACCCAAAACCGACGAGCUUACGAUGGCAACCUGGAAUCUAAACAUCGGAUGCCCCUCCCUAACCUUUCUGUCGUGCCUCGGGUAGUCAGGGACGGCCAGGGUCGUCCAGGAAAUUUAUUUGUUUUAGGACAGUGGUGCUAUUGUGGGAUCCCCGACCCGAGUCCCAGUGAUAAGGCUCAAAGUUUCAACCUUAAUUAGGCUUAUAAAGAGAUGAUUUAUUUUAAUUUCUACAUGGAAUAAUAUGGUAGGGAAUGGUACGGCUGCGGGGCUGGCUCGGUGCGGUCGGCGCGGGGCUUCUCGCGUCUGAGGUCCGGUAUCCGUGGGUGGAGCUUGUCGCGUCUGGAUCCUAGGUGGGAACACUUUGUAUAGAAGACCGUUGUCCAGAGUAGCUAAGAAAAAGGCUCUAAGCCAGUAUAAAAA